AUGACACAACAACAGACACCAUUCCUCCAACCUCCGACUCCAUGGGUGAGGACCAGGACUACACCUGCCCUCACUGCGACCGCACCUUCACCUCACAUAUCGCCCUGGUCAGUCACUUGCGAAUCCAUCGCACAGAGACUGACGAACCAGUGCCAGAAGGACCAAUCUACACCCACCGCUCUCGCCUCCACUGCCAACACUGCCCUCGCACCUUUACGCAUCGCAUGGGCCUAUUCGGCCACAUAUGCAUCUACGAGAGCGGAAUUGACCACCACGCCAAACCCCAUCACCACUUCAAGACCCAUCACUGUCAUCGCAACUGACACCGACACCACCGACGUCGCCUGUCCACACUGUCCACGCACCUUCACCUCACGCAUCGGCCUGGUUGGUCACUUGCGAAUUCAUCGCACGGGGACUGGCGAACCAGUGCCUGAGGCACCAAUCUAUGCUCACCAAGCUCACCUCCACUGCCCACGCUGCCCUCGCACUUUCACGCAUCGCAUGGCCUACUCGGUCACAUGCGCAUCCAAGACGACCUGCGUAGACAACCGCUGGUUACACCACACAUCCACACACACCCCCUACCUUCCUCCACCAUUACCACCACACAUCAACACUCACCCACCGUAUGCACCCAACUGCCACCUCCCACGUAGGUGGGAAGUGUGCAUCUCGACUCGGUCCCCAUGCGACUUCGGCUGCACGGGCGACUUGAGUCUGCGAUUAUCCCGACACCUCAAGCGUCGUCCCUAG